ACAUGUAUGUGCGCAAGGCCUUCUAGCGUUUGCGCCCAAGUUCCUGGCCAGGUGCGUAGCCAAAACUCAUCAGGAGGGGAAGUGUGGAAACUUGGUUCGCGGCUUCAGUUCUUCUCACGCCGUUCGAUUUUUUCGUCGCUUUGAUUGAGUAGAACUUUGGAAAGUGUAGCCGUUCUCGGACAUUCGUGCAGGAAACUCGUGGCCCUCGAAAGACUUCUCUAUCCACCACGCCAGGAAGGAGCGCUGCGUCGCCGCCCCUCUGUUCAGUGUCCUCUGGUCCGCUGCUGCCGCGCGUGCAUUCUGCGCUUGCGCCUUCACCCAAAUGUCCACCUCGUACCAAACUGCCACUCGUCCCUGAACUCGAAGGCAGUAGAGCGACAGAAUUUUGGUGUGUGUCCGGUCAACCGAGAUAAUACGAAGGAAAGGCAGGAAGUUCAACGGCAUGUUGUGAACGGUCUUAUCAGUGGAUCAUUCCCGAUAGACUGCUCCGCAGAAGGCCGUCUCCACAUCUGGAAGGUCUUCCGCUAAUGUCCCCGCGCAUAGGUGCAGCUUAAACAGGGAGUUCAUCGUGCUCAGGCGGCGCGACUGCUCUAACUUGCUCCACUUUCGCCUCUCUCUUCUCCGUAAUCUAUCCUGUAGCCAUGAAGUCCUCUGCUGAAAUUAGGCGGACCAUGGAUGUCCCUCCUACCAUUCAUGUACCUCUCCCUCCAACGUCGUAUCCCGCUUUCGAUGCUGCGAUCUUCACAGACAUCGGUGGGCGCAAGCAUCAGGAAGAUAGGUUCACUCUCUGUCCGCAGCUCGUUCCCGGCCGAGACGACUGCGCCUUCUUCGGUGUCUUCGAUGGCACUGUUGGAGAUUUCGCCAGCGAAAAUGUGAAGGAUCUUGUUGUUCCACAGUUGAUUUCCUCGCCCGCGUGGCAGGAGGUGACUGAGAUGCUGAGAUCAGACGUACCCGCCACUGAGGUGGACGAGAAGCUCCCUCAGUUGCUUGAUCAGGCAGUCGAUGACAUGUACAAGAACGCAGACAACGAACUUGUGAAGAUGUGCGAGCAGCUUAACAAAGACUACGCGAGCAGCACCUCCGUCACGGCAGUCUUGGCCAAAGGCUUCGUGGCUGUUGGUCAUCUGGGCGACAGCCGCAUCGCUAUGGGAGUCGAGACGCCAAACGGGUUGAACUGCGAGUUCUUGACCGUUGACCACAAGCCGGAUAUGCCACAUGAGAAACUGCGCAUCAUGCGCAAUGGAGGCAGUGUUGAGUAUCUCCACAACCACAACAACAAACCGUUCAUUCGAGGUGGUGACUUCUCGUUCCGGAAGUCGCGCGGAGAGCAGCCGAUGCAGCUCCAGUACUCCCGAGCUUUCGGCGGGAAGGACCUGAAGAUGUACGGUUUGAGCAACCAACCCGACGUACGCGUUGUCCGCGUCACGCCUCAACACCGAGUGAUGAUUCUCGCGACUGAUGGCUUGUGGGACGUCAUGUCUGCGGCGCAAGCUGUAGAGAUCGCUAUGCAGGCACGACAGGAAGGAAGGAACCCAGCGCAGGCGCUGGUGGAGAUGACCCUCGCUGAGCAGCAGAGCCGCAACCAAAGUGCAGACAACAUUACUGCGAUGACAGUGUUCUUCAAGAAGACUGAUUAGAAGUUUAGACUUAGGAAGUUCUUUUUUCUCAAGCAGAGGAUCUGGUGUGGACACGCCAGUUGUCGAGUCACCCCAAGGGGCGCAGGAAUACAUGAAUGGAAUAAGUCAAGGAAUCAACGCGCAAACUGCAGCAUGACGAGAUUCUUGGUGUGUCUCGUCUUUCCGCUAGCUCAUUCUCCGUUCUCAGCCCGUCUUCAUCUUGUAUAUGUUCUCUCGGAGACGGCACAUAGGUCAGAUAUGUGACAAAACUCCUGGGACCUCCGGGCCUUACGUUUCUGCUCAUCUUCGUAUGUAUAAAGACUUCUUUACCAGUGAACAGUCUCGCGUGUGUAAGAAGGCAGACUUUUCUCCGCUAAGCCAUCAGAGAGACACUGAACAAA